AUGUCUAAGCACAUAAGCAUAUUCGGUCUCGGAGCCAUGGGAACGGCCCUGGCAGCCAAGUACCUCGAACAUGGCUACAAAACCACUGUCUGGAAUCGAACUACUGCAAAGGCCACCCCGCUCGUUGAGCAGGGUGCCAAGUUAGCUUCUACAAUCUCGGAAGGCAUAAACGCCAGCGACCUCAUCAUUAUAUGUCUCCUUAACAAUGAAGCUGUCGAGGGCAUUCUACGGGAUGUAUCCAACAAUUUGUCCAACAAGACUAUUGUCAACCUUACCAAUGGGACACCAAACCAAGCUCGUCACCUUGCAAAUUUCGUCACCUCCAACGGAGCACGGUACAUCCACGGCGGCAUUAUGGCGGUCCCCACUAUGAUUGGCUCUCCACAUGCUGUCCUUCUCUACAGUGGAGGAUUACCUGAGCUUUUCCAGAGCAUCGAAAGCCAUCUGUCUCUCCUUGGAACGAGUAAAUUCCUCGGUACCGAUGCAGGGUCUGCCUCUCUACAUGACUUGGCUUUGUUAUCGGGAAUGUAUGGUCUCUUCUCCGGGUUCCUGCAUGCGGUUGCUCUGAUCAAGUCUGAGCAGGGUAAGACAGCUACCGGACUAUUGCCGCUUCUGACUCCAUGGUUGUCGGCAAUGAUGGGAUAUCUUGGUUCUAUCGCGAAACAGAUCGAUGAGGGAAACUAUGCCACACAGGGAUCUAACCUGGACAUGCAAUUGGCCGGAGUGGAAAACAUUGUCAAAGCUGGCGAGGAGCAAGGGGUCUCCUCGCAGAUGAUCCUUCCGAUAACAGCGUUGAUAGAGAAAGCAGUGGGUGAGGGCCAUGGGGGCGAGGAUCUAUCAGCGCUGAUUGAUUAUAUGGAGGUGAAGAAAAGCUUGGAGUAA